AUGAGUCUCUCUCUAGGAGAGACCAGUGAUGCAAUCGCUGCGCUCGCAGAGGGCUGCACCUUAGACGAGAUCGCGGAGCUCGCCACGCAGUGUGAAUCACAUUUGGCCAACGUUGAGGCGAUCAUGGAUGCCACGGAAAACGCCUUGCGCACCUCCCAAGGCCCCACGCGUCUUGUUGUGUGGUUCUUCAUCGAUCGCCUGGCGAAGCAGCACAGCAUUUUUUUAGAUGCGCUUCGGCCGCGGCUGCGGGGCCUUGCAACAGCAGCCGCCCCCGCGGUGGGAACGGCAGAGUGGGAUGACUUCAAGGCACUUUUGAAGUCUUCUAUUGCAGUGGUGUUCGGCGCCCCGCUGGUUUCACUGAUUCUGUUGGAGAUUGACCCCGACACACAGAAGGAAACCGCCCGCACUGCUGCCACCUCUGAGCGGAGUCAGGGUGUCCUCGCACUGCACAGCAACGCCCUGCGAACCACCGGGGCUUUUUCGACAAAGUCCGUCAAAACGCAUAGACCAACGGCGGUGAAGCAUGUACUGCAGGUUAAAACCAUUGACAGCCAGAUGGCAAUGAAUAUGGCGAGUAGCUACGCCCCUGCACGUCCGCAGGAGAUUGCAGUCCCGGAGAUUCAUCCUGAUGCUGACGCACCGCACGGUUACGUGAAGACACUACCCUCGGAUUACUUAAAAAACUACGAGAAUACUAGACGAAAGCGUCUCCGUGAGGUUAUGGAGCGAAAUCGCGAGGAAAUGGAUCGCCGCCAGGAGGAUGAACUGCUUCAACGGGUGCGGGGUACAACUGUUCAAAAUGGAAAGAUACCUGACUAUUCAGAUGUGGUUAUGCCGCUGGAGCUGCCUCGUGAUGAGCAUGGCGUGAAACGGGGAUUUUUUCCACUUGGUGUGCGUUUUAUUCGUGAGGCCAUUCGAAGCUGUGGCGGAGCAGUAGAAUUGGAUGUGCUAGUAAACCGGCUUUCAACUUUAGCUAGCAAGGAGACUGUGGCAGAAUUUGGAGAUGUGCGUGAAUUUCUACUAAUUCACCGGCCGACGUUUCGUAUGACAAAUGAAAAGAAUCGCUGGAUUGUUCGCCUUGCCGGGGAUGAAACUAGCGAUCCCACGUGGGAAUCAUUGCAGUGCCCAUUGUGCUCAAAAGUGAUGCGUGGGCGCAACCUCGCGCGCCACCUAGGUUGCAGGCAGUGUGUCACAACCCAAAUUGCUUUGGGACUUCAUGGAGAGGUGCAUGGUCCUAUUUCUGAGCUUGCUUUGGUUGCAAAGUUCAUCAUUGACCGCGCAAACACGUACGAUGAUUGGGAUUUGGAAUGGUUUACUGACUGCAUAGAGAGAGCCGCAGGUUGCAGGCGCUUCAAACUUUCCUCACAGUCGAAAUUUGCCCCAAUUUUGAAGGCAAUGCGUGUUGUUCGCAACCGGUGGCUGGCGCGGAAGGGGGUGACAGACGUCGCCGACGCCGUUGUGGACCCUGGCGACGCGGCUGUUGCGAAUCUAUUUCGCACCAUUGGGCGAAACGUGAACCGCCUUCCUAUUCCUUGGCUGGAGAUGGGCGAUGUGGUCGACAUGUGUCGACGGUUUUCGUGUUCGGUGUUACCUCCCUUUAAUCCUCCACCGCGACCCGCCGAUCCCCGCAUCAGCCUGCACAACGAAUACCCGGGGUUUCUUCUCUGCGAGAGUGAGGUGGACGACGAGGACGAUCCGAGCGACGAUGAGGAAGCCUUCUCUGACGAUGAGGCGCCUACAUUUGUCUUUGCGCCGCCGGUGGAAUUGGCCGAAACACUUUUUACGGCGGGCUUUGAACGAGACACCAAGCGGCUUCAACAUCGCAUGCGCAUCGCCCCUCCGCUGGUGCUGCAACGCGUGUUGAAGGGUGACCGCUCCCAAACGCAGCGAGAGAUGUAUGCUGAUGCAAGGAAUGCGGGCGGCCUUGCUGCACCGUCCUAA